AUAUCAUGCCGCUACAAAAAUACCUACGUCUUGCCAUAGAGGCUUAUACAGUUUUAGAUGCUGCAAAACAGAUAAGCACCCAAUCAAAGAUUAGUCCCAUUACUAUUUAAUCCCAUUCCCUUACCAAUAAUUGUUCUAUAUUUGAAUCCUCACAUUCACCACCUUAAGGGAUUACAUAUUUCACCUUUUUCUUUUCCUGUACAUGUUGCUUCUCUUGUAAUGGGCAAGAAAGGCUCUACUUCCUGGCUCACCGCCGUCAAGCGGGCCUUCCGCUCUCCCACCAAAGACUCCGACGCCGAUAGCAAGAGCUGCCGCAGGAAAGUUGAACACCAUCGCCAUGAUGACCAAGCCAAGGUAUAUAUAUAUAUAUAUAUAUAUAUAUAUCAUCAUCAUGUAUUAUAUCAUAAAAUGUACAAGAUUUUUUGUAUUGUUGACGGCAUUGUACAGAAGAGUGAGAGGAGGAGAUGGCUGUUCAGGAAACAUUCCAACAACAAUACCGCAGAACCUCCGGUGAUGCCUCCUCAGCAGAGGCAUGUCAUCGAGGUGGCUGCAGCAACAGCGGCAGCAGCUGAAGCAGAGGUGGCAACUGCAAAAGCUGCUGUGGAGAUGAUCCGGAUGAGCUCCAAUGCUGCGGUCUCAGCGAGAGUCAUUCAAACUGCCUUCAGAGGCUAUUUGGCGAGGAGAGCAUUGGUGGCGCUCAAGGGAAUAGUGAAGCUCCAGGCUCUAAUCCGAGGGCAGAACGUAAGGAAGCAAGCUAACAUGACCAUGAAAUGCAUGCAGUCGCUGCUGCGGGUGCAGGCGCGGCUGCGCGAUCAUCGCGCCCGACUCUCCCAUGAUGCCGGGAGACACUCCAUGUUUGCAGAGACAACCAAUUUCCGGGACUCUUCCAAGUACCUCAGACAUAGAAACUCUAGAUCGACAGAGGGAAGCUGCGUGACUGACGAAUGGAGGCCGGCGCUGGAGUGCCCGCGCACGCUGGAAGAGCUUGAAGCUAUACUAAAAGCCAGGAACGAAGCGGCAUUGGUGAAUGAAAAGUUUUUGGCUUUUGCUUUCGCUCAGCAGAACAACCCAGUGGAUAGUGACAGGAGCGCCUACAACGGAGACGAAAGCGAGCUAGACAACAGAACAAACUGGCUGGAUAAGUGGAUGGCCACCAAGCAGUGGGAGACCACCAGCAGAUCCUCCACCGACUACCGCCGAGACUCCAUCAAAACCGUCCAGAUCGACUCCCUCAAAACUACCAACACCCGCCGAUCGCUCUGCCAGAGCCCCAUUCAUAGGAACUCCACCGCUUCUCCCCACCACAGAUUGCUGGCUCCGUCAACGCCGUCUCUCGCAUCCAGAACAAGAUCGCCGCAAAUCCGCCCGCCCAGCUACUCCACUGCGAAUACGCCGUCACUGCGCUCCGUGUACCGCGUCAACACCGUCGCCGGCGCUCAGAAACCUAAUUACAUGGCGGCGACUGAAUCUGCGAAGGCGAGGAUCCGAUCGCAGAGCGCGCCGCGGCAGCGUCCGUCGACGCCGGAGAGAGAGCGCGGCGGAUCGGCGGCCAGGAAACGCCUCUCGUACCCCGUAUCGGAACCGUAUUGCGUGAAUUUCGGAUUCGGAUGCAAUAAGGUCGGGCAGAAUCAGAGAAGUCCGAGCUUCAAGAGCGUUCAGGCCGGGUACGUAGGGAUGGAGGAACAGUCCAAUUAUUCAUACUACACAGAGAGUAUCGGCGGCGAGAUAUCUCCGUGCUCGACAACCGAUCUCCGGCGGUGGUUGAGAUGAAGAUGCUGCGUUUAUAUGGACGCCUAUUGAUAUUUGCGUGCAGAAAUUAUGGUUAGUAGUACAGGUGAACAAUGUCAGCCUCAAUUUCAUGUUUCCUAAAAUUUGAUGAAAGAAAGGACGAGAAGUUAAUGGCACCAAAAUUGAAGAAAGAAUGACCAA